GUGGCGGCGUUUGGCGGCCGUUACGGACAACCACGGUGCAGCUUACAGGGAACGGGCCAAAAUGACCCAAGAACGUUUGUAACCGCAACAAGCGAACAGCCGAGCGCCAGAGCUGGCAGCGAAUGUGCUAACUGUGCUGCCAAUAACGUUACCUUGCUUAUAGAGUACAGCAACUUACGUGCGGUGUAGUUACAUCUGAAGACCUUCUACCAAGUAAUGCAGAAACGAUUAGAUUGCUAAAGUGUGACAAUGAAGGGCUUCCUUGUUUUCGACACCUUAAACGACGUUGUUUUCAAGCAAAUGGACCAUGAUCUUUUCAAACACAUGAUAGAGGUUUCUGCACGGAACGGCCUACUCACCGAGGGAGCUGCUGGGCAUGUCGCUGGUUCAUCAGAAGUGAUUACCAAUGACGUUCUUGUCCAGUUGUUCUCCCCUCUGGUGACAUCCCACCGAGUCAUGAAAGAACGAAUGCAUAAUGCAUACAGUAGCAUAUACUGUAAAGACCAAACACUGUGUAUAUUCACAGAGUAUUAUGACUGGACUAUCUUGGGUAUCAACUCGGAGAAAGAAGACUCUGAAGCAGUGUGUCGCAAGCGGCUCAAAGUCUUUCUUGCUCUUGUGCAGAGGCUAUAUGGCCCAGCUGUGCAGGAGCUAAAAUUGCAGAGCGCAAGUGGAAACAAAAGGUCACAACUUCUGGGCAGUGUGAUAGAGACCUACUGUGCACUGAAGAAGCAGAACCAAGUCUUCUUGUUUGAGGCUCUUGAGCAAGUAGCAGUCAACAGUGACAUUACAUCAUCAUGCAUGAAGUUAUUGCAAGAAAUGUUGGAAAUAUUCCAGCGCUGUUCUCAUAAAGGAGAAAUGCCAUGUCACAGCUUCCUGCUUUUCAACUACAAACUUGUGUCAUCGUUCUCAAGGCGAAACUCUACACGUCUUUCACAUGGGGACAUGCUGCUCCUUUUCCUGAUUUUACAAAGCUUGCACAAUGAAAACUAUGGUACAGGGGAUCAAGGACAACAGGGGAAUGAGAAGACUUGUAGCCUGCUGCUCUUUUUCGCUACUGCUCUUCACUCGUCUAUACCAUACAUUGUUCACUCUGUAGUAAUCACAAGCAGCAUCCUGCUGGUUGUAAUAAGCGAGGUAAACAGCAAAGUGUUGUUGGCAGAUAGCCUCUUCAGCCUGCUCAAGCAACUACACUCAAUUCAGGAGAAGCCAGAAGAUGGUCGUUGUCGUAUGACGGUUGAUGUUUUGGAGAGUGCAAUCACACGUCUUUCUGACACUUGCCGAAGAGCCGAGCUGGAAAAGGAUGAAGCAACAUGCAUCAGCCUAAUCACAAAAAAAUGGGCACAUCUUAAGAUGUCUGGCUUUGUUGAAUACCUCUCAGGCUCGGAUAACACUGAACUGGCUGCCAGGUCUGAAGAAGCACUUCUACUGCUUAAAAAAAAUGUGCAGACAGCAUUCAGAGAGCUGGUCUUGAAUCCUGAACUUGCUCGUGAGGUGGAGCUACGACCUAUGUUAGCAGACUCAGAGGAGUUGAUCCGUACAGCUGUUAAGAAGAAGCUUGAGAGCUACAUGGACUUUCUGCUUGUUAAGGCAGGCGAAGGCCUGCACAUCAGCUCAUUCUCUGCACAGUUUCCCGGCUUGCUUCACUUUGUUUACAUAAAUCGAACAGCCAACCGGAUGCUAGCAACAAUCAUUGAUACUGCAGAGCUUCAUGCCCAGGUGUGGAAAGGCUGGGAGUUUGCCCAGCGUUACAGCCAUGAGGGAUCCUUCACUGCCAUGUGGGUGGAUGGGGACCUGCACUUCUCGUACACUCUGUGGUUUGAGAAUCAUGCUGGUAAACCUGUGAAGCCCAAGUGUGCUGUGAACCCUGCCAGCCUACAGCAAAUGUCAUACCCAGGAGUGGUUUCCAGUAGCUUUUAUGGGCAGCUUAUGCGCUAUUGCUUCCCAGACGUAUCGCUGGACCAACUCUCAUGCCUGGAGUUCAUGUGUGCCCACGCAAAUAGUGUUCCUGUAUCCACCAUAUUGGAGCAGCUGCAACUACUUCCCUCGUCACUGAGGGACCUCUGCAUCUGAAGAAGUCUUCUUUUCAGUCUUGCACAUGCUUAGUUCUGGCCCUGAUGUGCAAGAGUGCAGUUGUUCUGUACAGUGACUGUAUUUUUAUUUUAACUGUAAAAGCAGAUUUUGUGCUUACUGGCUUUUCCCCCCCCCUUCAGGUUUGGCAACGAGAUCACAUCUCUUGGUCUGCAUUGUUCAAUAAAACCAAGUUUUCUUAUUACCUUUUAAACUAA